AUGAAAUUAGAUGAAAUUAUUGCUAAUCCACAUUUAUAUCCUCCUAAGGAAAGAAAAGAACCAAAAUCAACUAAUUUUAGUGACAAGCAAGAAAUGAAUAAAUUAGACUAAUUGUUCAAAGGAAAUUAGAUUGAGAAUAAAGGAAUUGCAAUAGAACCAAAAAAAGAAGUUUAAUAAUAAAAUUAAAUCGACAAGAAAAUGUCUCUUAAGGAUAACUAUUCAUUAUUAUAUGAUUUCAAAGUAGGAGAUAAAAAAUUAAAUAAAUACACUAAUAUAUAAUAAAUCUAAGAAAUAAAAGAAAUUCCAUAUGUUUUAGACAAUAUUGAAAAAAGAGAAAGACAAUAAUUUUAGAUACAAUCAUAAUUAGAUUAGACAGAUAUUUUGAAAUAAUUUGAAAAAAAAAUACAUACUUUAGAGAUUUUUAAAGAAGUAUAGAUUUCUAAUAAAUAAAUGGAAUUUUUUGAAUAAAAUAAAGGAUUACUCAUAACUAGUAUUACUUGUUUUGAAAAUAUGGUAGCCAUUGGAACUGCCAAAGGUAAAAUAUAUAUCUAAUUCAAUAAUCAAAUAAUUUUAUUGGAACAAAGUAAAAAAAUCAAUCCUAAUCCAAUAAUCUGUUUAAGAUUUAUAGAUUAAGGUACAAAAUUAAUAGGAAUAUCAGAAAAACACGUUUUAUUAUAUAUUAAAAAUUAAUUUGUAAAGGCAUUUGAAUUGAUAAUUGAAGGUGUUCCUGUUACAAUGACUGUUUGUUAAAAGUCUAAAAAUUUUAAGAUAUAAUUAUUAAUGACUGAUUCAUUAGGGAAUGUGUAUGGGAUUAGGAUUAAAUAAACACUAUUAACUUAUUCAAUGUAAAUAAAAUAAGAAUUAAAAGAAAAUACUACAUGUCAUUAAAUUGAAUCUAUAAUAUUUUAGGAUUAGGAAUUCAUCUUAUUGACAUUCAAAGAUUAAAUACAAAUAAUCAAUUUAAAACCAGAAUAUCAAUUAUUAAUUAAGUUAAAUUAUAAAGUUUAAGAGAAUAGAUUCAUUUAAGCAAAAUGGUAAACCGAAAAGAAAACAAUAUAAAUAGCAGUCAGUAAUGAAAAUAAAUUAGAAGUUUUAUCAAUUUAAUUUGAGAAAUAAAAAGAUAGAUUGAAAUGUAAUUUAAAUUUGUUAUGUGAAUACAGUUUUAAUAAUGAAGAUAUAAAGUAUUUAAUAUGGAUUAGUAAUGAUAUUAUAUUUAUUUAAAAUGAAAGAAAGAUGUAUUCUUUAAUAUCAAUUUCUGAAAUUAUUGAAUAAAAUGUAGAAAUUAUAUAGAAAUAAUUAAGUCAAGAAAUUUAAAGUUAAAAGAUGGGAGAAGUAUAAUAUUUUGAAAAUUCAAUUUGUAAUUGGUAAAAUUUUGUGUUUUUUAUAUCAAAAGAAGAUUAAUAAUAGAAAUAACGAAUUAUCUAUUAUAAAUUAAAUACUUGGGAAGAUUAGAUGUAAUAAUUUUAAUUAAAUGAUGAAUGGAAAGAAUAAUUUGGAAUGGGAUUGUAUUUGUAUUAAGGAAAACUUAUAAAAUUAGGUAAUCUUCCUAGAAUUGGAAGAUAGGAGUAUCUAAAACCUCAUUUGCAUAAUUAAAUAUAAAGAUUUGUUGAAAAAAGUUUAAAAUCACAAUAUUCUAAUUCAUUCUAUAUUGCAAUAAAUUUUUUAAUAAUGAUUGAAUCAUAUGAAUUUCUAUUUAAUCAAAUAUAUUAAAUCUAUAAAAAUAAUAGAUUAGAAAAAUAAUUUUAUUAAAGUUUGGAACCAUUUAUAAACAAAGGAGUCAUUAAAUAGAUUCCAGCAGAUACAUUAAAAGAAAUAUUGGAUUAUUUGUUAAAAGAUGAUAAAUUGAAAUUAAUGAAGUUAUUAAUAUUCAAUUUAGACAAAAAAUUUAUAAAUUCUAAUCUUAUUAAAGAAUUUUGUAUUAAAUCUAAUUUAUAGAGUAUAUUGAUAUAUAUACCACCUAAAGAAAUAGAAGAUUAUAAAACACCUAUAUUUACUAUUUUUGAGAUUUAUUAAAAAUGUUUAAAUAAAAAUUUUUAAGAAUUAGAAUAUUAUUUAAAAUCAAUAAAAAUGGAUAUUUAAAGUCUUAGUUAAAAAUNUAAAAUAAGAAUUAAAAGAAAAUACUACAUGUCAUUAAAUUGAAUCUAUAAUAUUUUAGGAUUAGGAAUUCAUCUUAUUGACAUUCAAAGAUUAAAUACAAAUAAUCAAUUUAAAACCAGAAUAUCAAUUAUUAAUUAAGUUAAAUUAUAAAGUUUAAGAGAAUAGAUUCAUUUAAGCAAAAUGGUAAACCGAAAAGAAAACAAUAUAAAUAGCAGUCAGUAAUGAAAAUAAAUUAGAAGUUUUAUCAAUUUAAUUUGAGAAAUAAAAAGAUAGAUUGAAAUGUAAUUUAAAUUUGUUAUGUGAAUACAGUUUUAAUAAUGAAGAUAUAAAGUAUUUAAUAUGGAUUAGUAAUGAUAUUAUAUUUAUUUAAAAUGAAAGAAAGAUGUAUUCUUUAAUAUCAAUUUCUGAAAUUAUUGAAUAAAAUGUAGAAAUUAUAUAGAAAUAAUUAAGUCAAGAAAUUUAAAGUUAAAAGAUGGGAGAAGUAUAAUAUUUUGAAAAUUCAAUUUGUAAUUGGUAAAAUUUUGUGUUUUUUAUAUCAAAAGAAGAUUAAUAAUAGAAAUAACGAAUUAUCUAUUAUAAAUUAAAUACUUGGGAAGAUUAGAUGUAAUAAUUUUAAUUAAAUGAUGAAUGGAAAGAAUAAUUUGGAAUGGGAUUGUAUUUGUAUUAAGGAAAACUUAUAAAAUUAGGUAAUCUUCCUAGAAUUGGAAGAUAGGAGUAUCUAAAACCUCAUUUGCAUAAUUAAAUAUAAAGAUUUGUUGAAAAAAGUUUAAAAUCACAAUAUUCUAAUUCAUUCUAUAUUGCAAUAAAUUUUUUAAUAAUGAUUGAAUCAUAUGAAUUUCUAUUUAAUCAAAUAUAUUAAAUCUAUAAAAAUAAUAGAUUAGAAAAAUAAUUUUAUUAAAGUUUGGAACCAUUUAUAAACAAAGGAGUCAUUAAAUAGAUUCCAGCAGAUACAUUAAAAGAAAUAUUGGAUUAUUUGUUAAAAGAUGAUAAAUUGAAAUUAAUGAAGUUAUUAAUAUUCAAUUUAGACAAAAAAUUUAUAAAUUCUAAUCUUAUUAAAGAAUUUUGUAUUAAAUCUAAUUUAUAGAGUAUAUUGAUAUAUAUACCACCUAAAGAAAUAGAAGAUUAUAAAACACCUAUAUUUACUAUUUUUGAGAUUUAUUAAAAAUGUUUAAAUAAAAAUUUUUAAGAAUUAGAAUAUUAUUUAAAAUCAAUAAAAAUGGAUAUUUAAAGUCUUAGUUAAAAAUAAAUUGAUGAAGAAAUAUAAUGUUUAGGUUAUAAAUGUAUAUGGUUUAUGAGUUUAUUAUUUAAAGGAUAAGAAUUCUCUUAAGAAAAGAUUCCUGAUAAUUAUUGGCCUUAAAUAAUAUGCGAUAUUUUAUUAUGGAUUUUAAAUAGUGAAAUAUUGGAAAGGUUUUUAUUAAUUGAUGCUGGUAUAUUUUUAAAUGAACUCUUAUUAAUUUUGAAAGAUAAAAAGAUUUAUAAUAAGCUAUAAAUCUUUGAGAGUAUAUUAAAUGAUAAUUUGCAUGAAGAAACUACUAUUUGUGAGAUUAUCAUCAAAAAAAUAGAUGUGAAAAUUAAGAAAUUAAAUAUGGUAAAUUAAUUGAAUUCAUUUAUUUUGGAAAUAAUGAAACUAGGUUAUUAAAUAUCUUAUGAUGAUUUUUUAUAAGUUAUGAUUUACAAUUUAAGAUAUCCUUAUGAGAAUUUAAGAGUUUUUAUAGAGAAAAGUAACUAUAAAUUCGAAAAGAUGGAAUAUAAAAUAUAAAAAGAUAUGAAAGAUUAAGAUAAAAUAAAAAGAGAUAAUUUAUUAAUUUAAUAUAUAACAUUUUUCACAAAUAAAUUAUUAGGUGAUGAUUAAUCUUUAUAGACUAUAUUAUCGGAAGCUUCUUGUUCAAUACUUUCAUGUUCAAGAAUUCAAUCUGAAAUAUAUUGUUUAAAAGGAGAUUGGAUAAAAUGUAUUAGUACUAUGUUAGCAUCAACAUCAUAAAUUGAUAAAGUAUUUUAAUAUAAUUAAUAUAAUUAUAGGAAUUUAUAUUUAAUUAUAUUGAUAGGAUACUCAAUUCAAAUCAAUUUAUAAAUUAGAAAGAGAAUAUUAUAAAAUAUUGUUUAACUAUUGUUUCAUAAUUGGUAAAAAUAAAUUUUAAUUGUUUAUAGGCAGAUAUAAGUGUUGAAAAAUUAAAGAUACUUUUACAAUAUUUUCCAAAUGAUUUAUAUAAAUAAGCAAUAGAUUAAUUAGAUAAUCAUCCAAAUUUUAAAUUGUAUUUGUUGAAUUAAAUAAUAAAAGAGUAAAGGAAUAAAAAUCAAAUUAUUGAUAAUAAAAUUAUGAUCUCUUAUUUAAGGUUAUUAUGUAAACAUCAUCCAGAAGAAGUAUUAGAAGAAUUACAACAUGGAGAUUUUCCAUAAGAAGAUUGUAUUAUUAUUUGUAAGGAAUAUAAUAUAAUGAAAGGAGUUGCAUUUCUUAAAGAAAGAAGUGGAAAUUUUUAAGAGGCUUUAGAUAUUUAUUUUGAUGUAUAAUAUUAAAUAAUUACUUAGGUAAUAAGUACAGAUUUUAAUAAGAUAGAGAUUUAAUAAUCUUAAAUUGAAUUAACAUAAGAAUUAUUAAUUUUAAUAUUACCUUGUUUAAAAAUAUGCAGAGAAAAUUGUUCUAAUUAAGAUAAUAAUUUUAAAUUUUGGAUCACUUGUGUUAAUAGAAUGUUAAAUUUACGUUCACAAUUCAGUUUAUAAAUAAAUAAGUUUAAAUCUAUUAAUAAAGUAUUUUAAGAGAUUUUAAUUGAAAUGCUUGAGAGAGUCCAUCCAAAAUUGAUUAUUAAUAAUUUAAGUUAACUAUUCAAACCUUUUACAAAUAUUGAAGAACUCAGAAGUACAACUUUAUCAUUACAAAAGUUAUGCUUUUUUUAAUUAAUUACACAUGAAUAAUAUAUAGGGAAUCAAAUAUAUAAGAAUUUUUAAAAAUUAUAAAUGUUAUAUUAUUAAGAAUUAAAAGGCACUCAUAUAAUUUAAAGAUGUCUCAAUUGUUAAUUGUAAAAUGAAUAAUUUAUGUAUGCAUUUUUGUCGUGUUGUCAUAUAUAUCAUAAAUAAUGUUUGCAUAUGAUUAAAAGUAUAAAGGUGUGUAAGAUUUGUUUAGAAAGGGGAAUUCAUUCUAAUUAAUGUACUUUAUUUAUAGAUUAAUUUAAUUAGUAUAAGUAUAAUUAGAAAUAUUAGUAGACAACAAUUAUGAAUAAUCUUAUGAUUAACAAAUUAAGUAACCUACACAAGAAGAAUAAUUAUAAUUAUCAAAGUAGGAAAAAAGAACAUUAUAAAUUAAUAAAUGGAAAAUACUUGAUAUUGAAAACGAAUAUAAAGAAUAUAUGUACUGA